UCAACUCCAUAUGAGAAUGAUUUUCGUAGGAAGAACUGAUCCGCUCUUGAGAGAAGAGAGAGCCAAUGCAAUGAGGUGUGCCCAAGUGUCACCUAAGUAUUAGUGAUGGCUUGCACAGUCACAACACAAGUCAUCAUCAUCAUGCAGAUUCUCCCUUUUCUUUUUUUAUUCUGAACCUUGCUUGCUUAGAACUUGGAAGCUUCAACGCCUCAAACUCAAAACUAUGGAGACGAAGACGCAAGUAAAGUACACAACAAGACAACCCAUCAAUCCUAGUCUCAUUGACAAAUUCCACAUUCACAUCUCUUGGCCACAAUCUUUAUUCCCCUUUUUUGCCCUUUUCAAUUUGAUUUCUUAAUUUUUAUGGGUUGUAACGCUGCUGAGCCCUUCAAAUAAUUGUGGACACAGAGAAUCAGAGAUUUUUAUUUGUUUUCUGUUCGGUUCUUCUCCUCUUCCCCAGCUACCUUCGACGACUCAGCUUCCUUGUAGUGUUUCCAAGAUCAUUGCAAGCUUAAGCAGAACAAUACUCUGAUAAUGCAACCAUGAUGGUGUUACAUGCUCCCAGAGGAAUCAGCAAGUUCUGGACAAAUUGUGAAACUAAAACAUUGCAAGAAGCUUCUCAUUGCAGCAUUUCACAUGUUAAUGUGUUGAUCAGCAGAGAGCCUUGCAAUCAAAGAUUACAUACUUCUAUUCCUUGGCAAUGCUGUGGUCAAAAUAAGAGCUGCUGCCCAUCAAAGAUAUCAAAUCAGGGAAGUUCUAAGAGAUGGAUGUGUCAAUCAUAUGCCUCCACUUCGUCAGACGAUGAGUAUCGCUCAUCCCGCAAUAUAGCAAUCAGCUUAUUUCGAAGGUACAGGAAUGUCAUCGAUCGGGGAGGAGGCGACAAUCUAGAAGAGUUCAUCAGUGCUGGGGUAAAUGCAUAUGCCUUGGGCUGCACUGAUGAGGGCUUGAGGAAAGAACUUAUUGAUAUAAAGAAAUCUGGAAUUGAAAUAGAAGGUGUGCAAUCUUAUGGUGGAAGCACAAGUUUGAAGUCCAAGAUUUUCUCUAAGGAGGUUGAUGAGUGCAUUCUGUGGUUAAGCAUUAUAUUCAUCACCAUCCUGUGUACACCACAGCCUACUAUUGUUAGAUGGUCAUCUACACCUCCUGUCUCAGCUGAUAUCAUGCUUCAGUGGAAAGGCUUUUGUUCUAUCAUAGCGAAUGCUUAUUAUGUAAGAGGAAUGGCAUGGCUUCCAGUGAAGAAUCUUCGACUAGAGCAAAUGGCAGUAGUGGGACAUGCUGAGGAGCCAUCUGUUGUUGCUAGUCGAAUGCGAUUAGUGUUCAGCACGCUAGAGGUUUACCUCUUAUCUUCACACUUUCUAUGCAAUACUGGACGAAAAUAAGGCAUACAUAUCUAUUUUGGACCAUCAGGGGAAAAAGUACAACUCAGCCACCCCUUUUCCAUACGUGGGACCUUCCGAUUCAUGACUAUCAUUGAAAUAAGAAGCCUCACCUAAUAAUACAUAUUAGGUUCUACCGAUUGCUGGAUGUAUGAUUAGGCACAUCAGUUUCAAUCGUAGGCCUUAAACAAUCAAGUUUAAAUUCAUGGAACUGUUUCAUUUUAUGUUGUACCCCAUUUGAACAGUGGCCUGCCAAUAAACUCUAUGUUAAUUAAGUCUGCAGAAACAUGCAUGGCAUGGGGAGACAGGUUAUUGAGGACUAUGGACACUCAGGGUCAUCAUGUUUAUAUUAUUUCUCAUAGUA